UCAGAAAACUCCAGCCAGUUUCCUUUAACUGUCGUUGUAUUACCUCCUUUGAACCGUUAAGCUAGCUGGUAGAAUUUGAUGGCGAGCGACGAGGGGAACCCGGAGGAAGUGAGAAUUCCUAUGCCUGAGAUAGAGCAAUCGGAUUUCAUGAGAGAACAGAGGAUGGAAUUAGACUCAGCAUUCCUCGAAUUACAAAACCGGAGAAGAGGUGUAUCUCAAAUAACCAAACCGUUAAUACAAAGAGUUACACCUCGCCUGGUUGGCGUUAUCAAAGAGGACUUUAAAAAAUAUUUUGAACCGAGGAUGGUAGCCUUCGGUCCUUUGCAUCAUGGCAACCCGAAGUUCGACUGGGGAGAGCGAAUGAAACGUUUAUUUGUAGCUCUCUUCAUAGGGGAGAACCAAACGACUGAGGAUGCUCUAUUCCACAAGAUUAAGGAAGAGAUAGAGGAUCUUAGGAAGUAUUAUAAUCCGGACGACAUAAAUUACUACGAUGAUGAUGAGCUAUCUUGGAUGUUCUUCGUGGACGGUUGUACAGUGCUGUAUACCGUAUAUUACGCUUUAUACGGUGAAUGGGAGAAGUCAUUCACUUCAGAUAUGCUGGAUCUCAUGACAUUUGCGAUACUUGAUUUAUUCUUGCUAGAAAACCAACUUCCUUACAGAGUCCUCGAGAUAUUGAUUGGCUCAACCAUAGAUCCCAUGAUGUGGGAACAAUCAAUCGCAGAAUUCAUAACCGACAACCUUAUGACAAAUAUACCAGGUGCGAGGAAGAGCCUACAGCUGGACGAAAAAGAUUACGCUCACCUUCUGGACGGGUUGAGGACAGAAUUACUGACAGGAAUAGUACAACAGAACAGUUGGGGCGUGAUUGGCAGGUUUCUUCUUUGGAGUGGAAACAAGGCAAAACAUAGAAGGCUAUUUCGAAGCAUCAUGGAUCUUAAAGAAUCAGGAAUUCAAGUGAGCCCCAACAUGACAUGCAACCUUCAAAACAUUUCCUUCCAUUGCAACAUUCUGGGAAGCCUAAAGAUGCCACUCCUCGUGUUGGAUGAGUCAACAGCCUCCAAGUUCAUGAACUUAGUGGCUUUAGAAAAGUGUCCAGAUUUUGAUAAUGAUUAUGCUAGACUCGCACCCAACCUGCGAGGUAUUAUCUGUUUUGACCCGAAGGCCUCACGAUUUUAUCCUACAAAAGGUGCGAGUCUCUACAAAUGGUAUCAGAGCGGUCACCAGUCAACAGUCGUGGGAGUCACUAAGUGCUACACGGUGGAGCUGUGGGAGUCACUAAGUGCUACACGAUGGUCUGGUGUGAUCUUGGUCCUGUGGAUGGACUCGGCUUGA